AUGUUGCAGAUAGAGAGGGAAGUAGAUACCGUGCUUGACAUUGGGAAGGAGUUGCAAAACGUAAUUACUCCCCCUCUUUUGGGUCUCCCAGUUGAUAUCCUCUUCGAAAUAUUCCCCCUCCUGCCGCUCCCUUCGCAGGUUUGUCUCGCACUCAGCUGCAAGUCUUUGUUCCGCCUUUUCAGCUCCACCUUGCAGGAUGAGAGGCUAGCUUGGCCAGGUCUGUUGGCCUGUAAAACAUUCACAUUAAGCAAGUGUGGAUCGAGUGAUGAGAUCUCACCAGUUGCUCUAAGAACUCAGCUUUUGCUUCAGCUCCAAGAUGACUACUGGGUUUACUGUGCGGCAUGCUUGAAAUUGCAGCCACGCGCGUUGUUCUGGCCAGGCAUCGAAUCUUUCCCGCCGCUAUCCCUGGAAUGCAUAUACACGGCGAGAGUUAUAGACCUAUGUCCUUGCCUCUCGUUGACCUUUUUCGACCGAAUCCGGUUAGAACGGUGGUUGCAUACAGGACUUACAGACACCCUCUCCAAGCGUAUCCGAGAGUCCUUCCAGCUGCUGACCACGGCCGGACAGGCAUCUCUUGUACACAAAUGCUCAAUACCAAACAUCCCGGGAGUAUUGGUCGACAUUAUGAUCACAGUCAGUUUCAACGAGAGUAUGCGACUGGAAGCACAAACAGGAUAUCAUGUUCGUAUGAACAGCUACAGACCUACCCAUUGGCGGGUGGAUUAUCUCAACUGGCAGGGCCAUCCUACUGAGCACUUAUUCCUCUGCCCGCACGUUGAUCUCCUCCGGUUCAUAUGUAACUCAUCUUUCUGGCCACGAGUUGCAUGUAGGUCGUGCGAGACUAGUGCGUGGGUGGCUAGCUGUGAAGAGGAAGCUUUGAUCGCUCGUGAGGAAUCCCAUAACAUUACUGGUGCCAUCAUUAUGUACAAUGCCAAAACAUUUGGUACUAGCGCUCUGUUUUGGGAGGAUUUUUAUGCUGCGUGGAACAGACGUCAUUUGAUGGUGCCAUAG